CAUCUUUUUCAACCUCUUAUUGCUUCACUGAAACAACAACAAUAAUGGCAACAGCUCAAGUAAAAAACAAGAUGUCAUCAACAGGCAUUUUCACGAAAUUACUACUUGUCCUCUUUAUUGGGUUUUUGGCAUUUGCAUAUCAAUCAAUUAGUCCACCACCACCAAAGAAACUCGGACCUCCAGAUGGACUUCCCAUUACAACACCUAGAAUCAAGCUUCGUGACGGAAGGCAUUUGUCCUAUAAAGAAUAUGGCGUGCCAAAAGAGUCGGCUAAGUACAAAAUAAUAUUUAUCCAUGGUUUCGACUCUAUAAAGCAUCAUGCUGUAAUUGCAACUGCAACCUCCCCAGCUCUUAUUGAAGAACUAGGGGUAUAUAUUGUUUCAUUUGACCGCCCUGGUUAUGGAGAGAGUGAUCCAGACCCUAACCGAACUUUGAAGAGUUUGGCUUUAGAUAUAGAGGAGCUUUCUGACCAGUUGGGACUUGGAUCCAAAUUCCAUGUAGUUGGUUUCUCUAUGGGCGGACAAAUAGUCUGGACUUGUCUCAAGUACAUACCUCACAGGCUGGCAGGAGCAACUCUUAUUGCUCCGGCAGUUAAUUAUUGGUGGCCUCGCUUGCCAAGAAACUUAUCUCAACAAGCAUUUACGAAGCAAUUCCUUAAGGAUCAAUUGUGCCUACACGUUUCACAUUACCUUCCAUGGUUAACCUACUGGUGGAACACCCAAAAAUUGUUUCCUUCUUCCAGUGUUAUAGCUCACAGCCUUGAUAUUCUUUCACGCCAAGACAGAGAACUUAUUCCCAAGUUUGCUGCUGGCAAAGCAGCCAUUGAGGGGCAAGUAAGACAGCAAGGAGAAUAUGAAUCUAUCCACCGUGACAUCAAUAUUGGAUUUGGUAACUGGGAAUUUGAUCCAACAGGAAUUAAGAACCCGUUCCCUAACAAUGAAGGAUCCGUUCAUGUGUGGCAGGGGGAUGAAGAUAUACUAGUGCCAGUCACACUACAACGUUAUAUAGCUCAACAACUACCAUGGAUAAACUAUCACGAGCUUAAAGGUGCUGGCCACAUGUUCCCUUUUGGUGACGGGGUUAGCGACACUAUCCUAAAAGCACUUUUACUUGGCAAACAUUAGCUUAAUCAAAAGAUACUUUCAAGGUUCAGUUUCUAGCUAUUUAAGUUUUAAUCUUAUGUGCAAACAUUGUUUUUUUUUGCUCUUUUAGUACUAUGAAUCCAAAUCCAAACUAAUUAGCAAGGCUUGCCUUUCUUAGGCAGAGUAUUUUUCCCCA